UUGCUUCCAAGUGAGGUCAGCAAAGGUAUUUAUCGAAAAGGACUGAACAACAGGCUCAACACACACAUGCACGCGCACACAUAAGCACAUACACACCACCUCUCUAGCGUCUUGAUUUAUGGAAACAAUUAUAAUUCUGGUGGAGUCUUUCUGAGCUGAGAAAGUUUGUAGCUACAGUAGAGUGUCUCAUGUUGCAAAACGCAGACAACAGAAAUGGAAUACUUGGGUAUCCAGCUGUUAUCAACAGAAACAAAUUUUUUACUUUCAGUGCAAGCAGCAAAUUCAAGUAGUAAAGAAGGUCACAGCAACAAAGGUUUUUAUAACUUGUGUCUUUAAAGGAUAUUUUGACUGAAAAAGAUAUUUAAGAAGCUCUUCCAUUUCGCCAUUAACUAUUAAGGAAUAAGGAUCAGAAUUCUAGAAGAGGGAACAAUCUCAUUUAAAUCAAUCUGUAACUCAUAAAGACAGAAGGCAGGUCGGUGACCUAAGAGCAACAGCCUACUUGAGAUUUAAUUUUCAUUAUGUUGUUCAUGAACACCCAGAACACUGCACUAUAAUGCACAAAUGGAUACUGACAUGGAUCCUGCCAAUUUUGCUCUACAGAUCAUACUUUUACAUUAUCUUUCUAAUGGGCACUAUAUCUUUAGCUUGCAAUGACAUGACUCCAGAGCAAAUGGCUACAAAUGUGAACUGUUCCAGCCCUGAGCGACAUACCAGAAGCUAUGAUUAUAUGGAAGGGGGGGAUGUAAGAGUGAGAAGACUUUUCUGUCGAACUCAGUGGUAUAUGAGGAUUGAUAAGCGAGGCAAAGUAAAAGGGACAAGAGAAGCAAACAACAACUACAGUAUUCUCGAAAUCAGAACAGUGGCAGUUGGAGUAGUGGCAAUCAAAGGAGUGGAAAGUGAAUACUUUCUAGCAAUGAACAAGUCAGGAAGACUGUAUGGAAAGAAAGUAUGCAAUGAGGACUGCAACUUCAUAGAACUGAUUGAAGAGAACCAUUAUAAUACAUAUGCUUCUGCAAAAUGGACACACAAAGGAAAAGAGAUGUUUGUCACAUUAAACCACAAAGGUGUUCCCAUGAAAGGUAAAAAAACAAAGAAAGAACACAGAGCAUCCCACUUUCUUCCUCUGGCAAUAUCCUAAUCAUAAGUGAUCUAUACAGAACUAAUUCCAGCAGGAAGAUUAUUUUUAAGGAGACUAUUUGAUAUCAAGAGAGGCUGGAAUACUACUGAGAAACUGAACAAGCUGGACUUGCGCAUUUAUGUUUAUUUUUAAGAGACUACAUGAAAAAGAUUUGAAAAUAUACACAAAACCAGAUUUACUAACUAAAAGUUGUAAAAAAUUCUAAAGAGCUGUACAAUCAUUAUCUUAGUCAUUGUAACUGGGUAGUUUCUUAAGUUAAUUUACCCUGAAGAAUAAGUCGUGACUUGAUUAUCUGAUAAUAUUUUAUUUAAAAAAAAAACCUAUCUGCUUCUUAAAUAUGGCUGCUAUAAUAAUAAUAAGCAGAUGAUAAUGUUGUGUAAAAUAUGUCAGACUUUAAGGCUGCUGGAAUGAGUUGUCAGAUUAUCAAGUCAAUAGUAAAUGUGGAGGUUGAGCAGUAUUUUAAAUACUUCCCCCAAGAAACUGAUAUCCUACACAUAAACUAUAUGAUCAGAAAAAAAAUAUAAUCCUGUAAAUGUUUAUUGUUGUAUUCAUAUAAAAGAGUUAGUUUGGAAAAAUUAAGUUUACUCUACUACAAAAUGUUCCUAUCUAUUAAUGAAACAAAUACCUAAUGCUGCUCUAAAAGAUGUUUCGAAAUAGUGUAUGUAAAAUAAGAAUAGGAAUAAAUAAUGUACUUCAUCUCACUUUUCACAAAGUAACAUCUUAUAUAACGACGAAGCAAAAAUUCAGACAUAUUAUGGUUUUUUUAUGUAACAUAUCCUAUCUUUUGUAUAAUUCCUGUUAGGGCAUACAGCUUUUAAUAUUGUUUUUCCAUCGUUAUACAUGCUUUUUCUGUUGUUACAGCAUUAAACUUUAUUUUAAGUUGUAUUUGAACUUUAUUGUUCUAAGUUAUUUAAAUGUUAUUUAUAAAAAAAAAAACUUAUUAAGCUGCAUCUGUUUCAUAUGCUUUUAAUUCUAAAGGAAUAACAAAAUGGUCUGGCUGAGAUGCACAAAUUUUUUCUGUGACCAGACACAAAGUCUAGCACACAACCCUCUUGCCAACAUACAUUGGAUGGCAGACAAAAACGACAGCCUGCAGCAAAUCUCACAAUCGACGUCUCGGUGGGAACAAUGUAAAAAUGUAAAAAAUCUUUGCCAUGUACUCAUGCUAAUUGAAUUUAAUAGCAUGCCCAUAGUUACAUUAGAUAAAGGAAAGCUACAAUUCCAACAGGUACUGGAAUAAAUGCUCAGAUGGCAGAAACUGUACUAACAGGUACAGGGCUAUAUAAAGAACCUACAUGACUAAUUUCAAACUCCAGCCAAAAUCAAUGUGACCUGAUGAAGAAAAGAUAUUUUAAUUUCCUAGCUAUUAAAGUGUUCAGCUAAGUCCUAGUGGCUUAUCUCAUUUCAUUCUGCUUAGUUUGCCUACAAGUUUUCUUGUUAUGAUACUUGUGCACAGAUAAAGAUCACUAAAAAAUUAACUAAAACAGCUACUGGAUGAUCAUCACCAGCGUGGGAUGGAGUCAGGUUACCUAUGCACAAAAAAUUGUCUGCAAGGAUUUUAACAAUUUUUUAAACAAAUACUUGUUUAACAAAUACUUUAACUUGGAAAUCAUUUAUGAUUUUUGACUUGCAUAUCAAACAUGAAAGUGUAGAGAUAACCUGAUCUAUGCAGAAAUAUUUGUCCAUAUAGCCAUGUCAGUAAACCUUCACUGUUUUUGCUACUUUAUCUAUUACUUGUUCACUGAAUACAACAGACUGUACUAGGAAAGAAACAUUUUUCCUGUAAGUAUAUGUCUGAGCUACCUUCUGUGAAUAUAUAAACAUUGUAACAAAAUUCACACUCCUGAUCAACAUUAAUAUACCAGCAAAAGUUUCUAGACCUAAAAACCAGGCUAGUUCACGUUUUGAAAUAAAAAAUAAAAAAAAUCUCGCUGAGAUUGUUUGUGUUUAGAAUCUCUAUUGAAGCUUGAAUUAAAAUACAAAUAUAUUCCAAAAAGCUUAAAAUUAAAUCCAGAAGCAGACAGGCUCUUCUAAAGAUCUUUUUACUGGGUUAUUCAAGAAUACAGGUAUACAGUCAAACAACUCUUGAACCCCACUGGUAAUGCAUAUUUUCGAUAUAUACUUUAUACAUGUAUCAUCGCCAUCAGAUGACUUGGGACAAGAACGUGCUGGCAUGUGCAUUCAUGCUGAAGUGAAGAGUAAUAAAAGGAAAUGCGUAAGAAAAACAAAAUCAAGAUGAGAGAGAUAACAAGCCGAACUGAGCUCUCCUUGAUUAAUUCAGAGAGUUUCUUCAUUCACAGCUUGUUAUCUUUAUAGGUGGAAUCUCAAAGGCUGCUAAACAUAUGAAUAUUAAAAUUCAUUCUUCUAUAGGGACCAGUAUCUGGCUGGUUUAAGAAACUCCUGAGUAGUGGGUGGAUGUGAAACAGAGCAGUACAUACUUUGAUAGUUAAAUCUGCUCAUUUUAGUUACCUCUAACUAGUAACUACUCACAAAUCUGACCAGAUCAUUUUGGUAUUACUGAAACAUAUGUUUCUCUACUGAACUUCUGAAAUAAACAGACUGCACGUUUUCUUUACAAUAUUCAAGAUAAUAAUGUAUAUGUUAUUACACUAUAUACUAUCUAUAUAUUAUUUUAUAUAUUAUAGAACAUCUGCUUAUUUUUAAGAUGUGAAAUCAUUAAUAAAAAAUGAUUUUUUUCUAUACCGCA